UUGUUAACCUUGGGUAAGCUUGCAUCAGUUUCAUCGUUUUGCAGCAGUGGCCAUGACCAUGUCGCUUCUACCUUAUCUUAUACUUUUGGUCUUAGUUCAUGAAUCGUUUGAAAAUGGCGUCGUAUUUACAGAAUGCGAUUACACCCAGUGUGGAGGAAGAGAACCUAUUUACACUCCAUUUAAAAGCUACAAUGUCAGUUUUAGGAUGGAAUGCUUGAUUCGUUGUCUUGACAACAGUUUUUGUAAUUUCAUCGGCCACCACGAUAAGCAGUGCACAUUAUAUCCAUCUCUGGACCCUCUUUACGACAUGCAGCCCUCGGAUUUGGAAUGGAGGUUUUGGUCAAGACCAAAUCCAUGUGAAUUGUUUCCAUGCCUGAACUCUGGUUGCUGCGUUCAAGAUCGGGAUACCUUUAAAUGUUUGUGUCCUGAACAAUAUGCCGGGAGUGUGUGCGGGGAAAAGGUUGACUGUGCCUCCAAUCCUUGUAAGAAUGCGGCCAGCUGUUUCAUGAUAAGUGGCCUCUUCUCAUGUUCCUGUCCCUCGGGAUUCACGGGAACACUGUGCGACCAAAUUUUACCGUGAUGUGUGACAAAACCUGCGGGA